AAGUUGAAUUUCAAGGGCAGGCAGGUUGUAAUGGAGCGAGUUUAGGACUGUUGAUGUUCAGUGCAUGUGGCGUUAUAUGACGAACUGGAGUAUGCUGUGCAGAGUCGGAUAUGCCCGCAGGUGCGCUGCCACCUUGAACCCUAUUUUGGGUGCUGUGUCCUCUAGACAGAAGCACACACUCCCUGACCUCCCGUAUGACUAUGGUGCACUUGAGCCUCACAUCUGUGCUGAGAUCAUGCAGCUGCACCACAGCAAGCACCAUGCAACAUAUGUCAACAACCUCAAUGUCACUGAGGAGAAAUAUCAAGAGGCACUGGCCAAGGGUGAUGUGACGACCCAAGUCUCCCUUCAGCCUGCAUUGAAAUUUAACGGUGGUGGUCAUAUUAAUCAUACCAUAUUCUGGACAAAUCUGUCCCCGAAUGGUGGAGGAGAACCACAGGGUGAGCUGUUGGAGGCCAUUAAGCGUGACUUUGGUUCAUUUCAGAAGAUGAAGGAGAGGAUGUCAGCUGCCACAGUGGCCGUUCAGGGCUCAGGCUGGGGCUGGCUGGGCUUUAAUAAAGACAGUGGAAGACUGAGAAUUGCUGCUUGUCCUAACCAAGACCCUUUGCAGGGCACUACAGGUCUCGUCCCACUACUUGGGAUAGAUGUCUGGGAGCAUGCAUACUAUCUUCAGUACAAGAAUGUUAGACCGGACUACGUUAAGGCCCUCUGGAAUGUUGUGAGCUGGGAGAAUGUCAGCGAGCGUUUCCAAGCUGCAAAGAAAUAAAUUGGGAAAAAAACAACAACAGAAUGUCCAUUUAUACCUUCGAAGCGCACAAAUAACCAGAUCACAUUACAACCAUCAAACUUAACUGAGACUCUAGAGAGGCUUUAUGGUUCUUGACAAGCUCAUUUUACACACAGAAUUGUGCAUUGUAACUCGUAGCUUGCAUUUUUGUUGAGUCGAAAUCGACAAUAUGUACAUUUGUUAUCAUUACAUGCAAAUUAAAAGAUGAACUGAA